AUGAUGCUACGUUUGUUUGUUUCAGUAUUAGCUGAUAACAGUGAACAGAAGGAGAGCUGGUACGAUGAUUACUACCUAGGAGACAUCGACGACAAAGAAAUCUUUCCGCCUCUUACAUCGCUACAUAAAAGUACUGUAUCAGAUGAACAUCAGGACCUACCAGCUGAAGUCAAAGACAACGACGAUCUUUCGUCCGAUAUAAAUGAAUACAACGAAGAAAAGAAGUUUGAAGAUGAAUUAAAAAGGUACGUGAUCGACAGGAACAUUGACGAUCAGGAUGACGCUAACUUCGAUGAUUACCAGUUCGAAGAUAACAGAUUUGAUGAUGAUAACUCGUACGGUGAUGAACAAAGUGAGGAAUUUAAUCCACGUCCACUUAAAGACUUACAACGUGAGGAUGACAAAGAAAAAAGUGUCGAAGCAUCGACUGAACUACUUGACGAUGUAUCAGAAACAAAAACGAGUACAGACAAAGAUAUUCUGGAGGAGACGAAAUCAAUUUUAAGUGAAGAGACGGUAAACGACUUCGCUCAGGAUAAAACAUUGGGAGCGGAGGUUGUAAAUGAUACUGAAAACAGACAUAUUUUUGAGGAGACCAAAAAAAUUUUAAACGAAAAUUCUGGAUCGAUUGAAGAUGAUGUAAAAAAAGAUGGCGGUGAAGAAAUGAACAGUGAUUCUGAAACUAAAGAAGAUCUUAAUAAAACGAUAACAACGCCUGAAGAUGGAGGAGAGAAUGAGGAAGAAGAAGACACCGUCGAUAAAGCUUAUAGUGAUUUAAUGCAGGACUUGAACAGACUACAUGGAACAUGGAAAAAAUUAAACGAAGCUGCCGAUGACGUUGAUGACGACUACAGUGACAGUAAUGAAGAACAAGAUAUGGACGGAGACUACGAGGAAAUAGGUGACUCAGAACUUGAGAGACUAUUUGAAAAGAGUUCAAAAAGUAAACAAGAAGAUAUUGUAGCUGCUAAUGAAAUACUCUCUGAAGAGACAACAGCGAGUCAAGCAAAAACAUACAAACCUCUGCCUUACAUUAAUGAUGCGCUAGUGGCGAGUGAUGUUGACGGAAGUUUAUCAAAGAGUAUUAACACUACAAGUGAUAGUAACAGUGACAGAACUACAGAAGAGUCAACGAUCACGGAGACCGUUAGGGCUUCUGGAGUCACCGAGCCCAUGUCUGCCACCGAAGCAGAAACAACACUGAAACCAGAAAUAAAUGAAAUGUCGAUAGCCGAUGAGGACGCCGCCAUAAUGAAGUUCAUAAAACUCAAUCCAUCGAUACUAGAUGUUAAAGCGAGUGAUGUCAUUAACGCUACUAACAUUUGGCUGACAGUGAACGGUUCAGUGGAAGUGACGUCACCCGACUACCCGUCUCCCUACCCCACCAACAACACCGUGGACUGGAUGUUCCAAGGAGCCGGGCAAGGAAUUGAAUUAAAUAUAACUGAAUUCAGCAUCAACGGUUACUUAGGAGAUUACCUGUUGGUUAAACCAGGUGGAGUGGACUCAUCUGGUUCCUCGGGCCUCAUCUUCACGUAUUCUCUCCGCUCCGAGCGUCGCUACAGAUUCUUGGACGUCGAUAAAAUGUUCGUUCGUUUCGUGGCCAAUCGUGGGAACCAGUUAUUCAAAGGUUUCAAGUUCAGCGCGCGUAUGGUCGUCGAUCGUCCAGAGGCCACACCAGAGCCCGAGGAAGACCCCCCUACUCCCGAGCCUCCAGCCACCAUCACCGUCAACCUGGGCGGGAUCUCUCUCCAGGACUUCAACCAGGUCGAGGAACAAUUCCGUUUCAUCAUAGCAGACAUGGCGACCAUGUACAUCAACACUAAAGGAAUCGACGCGGGCCUCAAUACAACGUGA